CCCCUCGAGGGGCGGUGAUCGUCCCGGCCCGCGGUGUAGGUGCGUCGGAGAAGCUCCGCAGGUUGGGGACUCGGCAGCCACUGGCCGGCGGGCACGAGUGGGCGCGCUCCGGGUGUGGGGCUCGAGCGGCGCGGCCGCGGGGCAGACCCUCGGGCGGGUGAGGACCUGACGCCUCGCUUCCCCGCCCCCUGUUGUGUUUUCCCUCAGACGGCCGGCCGCCGGGGGAACCGCGGCCGCCCCCUCGCCCGGGGGUCGCUCCCUCGCAUCCUCGGGGCGGCGGGAAGGAAGAGGCGGCGGCGGCCGCAGCGCGGGUGGGCGGCCUGAGGUGAGAGCCCGGCCGGCCCCGCUGGGAAUAUGGCGACCGGUGGCUACCGAACCGGCGGCGGCGGCGGCAGCGGCAGCACCACAGACUUCCUGGAGGAGUGGAAGGCGAAGCGCGAGAAGCUGCGCGCCAAGCAGAGCCCCCCGGGCCCGGCCGCCCCGGGAGGGGGCGGUAGCGACGCGGCCGGAAAGCCCCCGUCCGGGGCUCUCGGCACCUCGGCGGCAGCCGCGACCAACGAGCUCAACAACAACGUCCCGGGAGGCGCGGCCGCACCUGCCGCCCCCGGGGGCGUGCACUGCGCGGCGGGACCCGCGGCGCUGACCCGGGCGGCCCCCGGCCCGCGGCGGCCGGAGGACGAGCCCCUCGCGGGCGCCGCCGCCGCCGCCUCGGGGGCACCGCCGGCCCGGGGCGACGAGGAGGAGCGGGACGGCGCCCCGGAGAAGGGCAAGAGCUCGGGCCCCAGUGCCAGGAAAGGCAAGGGGCAGAUCGAGAAGAGGAAGCUGCGGGAGAAGCGGCGCUCCACCGGCGUGGUCAACAUCCCCGCGGCGGAGUGCUUAGAUGAGUAUGAAGAUGAUGAAGCAGGACAGAAAGAGCGGAAACGAGAAGAUGCAAUUACACAACAGAACACAAUGCAGAAUGAAGCUGUCAGCUUAUUAGAUCCAGGCAGUUCCUAUCUGCUACAAGAGCCAUCUAGAACAGUUUCAGGCAGAUACAAAAGGUAAGAAUCCUUAAGUUAUGACUUACAACAUACUGUAGAUGUGACUGUA